UCUCUCUGCCUUACCUCUCUCUCCGAGGCAGAGAGAAAAAGGGGAGAAAAACCCAAAAAAAAAAAUAAAAAAAAAAUAAAAAAAGAAAAAAGUAAAACAAAGAGAGAAAGAGAGAGAUCUCCGACCAUGUCUGCCUUCCAAGACUUCGGCCCCCUGACGGAGCGGCGACGGGCCGAGAAGCAGCGGACGCAGCGCAAGCGCCUCAUGAUCGGAGGCGCCUCCGCCGCCGUCGUACUCCUCGUCAUCGUCGGCGCCGCCUGCGUCGUCAACCGCGAGAAGACCUCGUCCGAGCCCUCGCGCAGCUCGACCUCCAACGCCGCCGCCGCCGCCGCCGACAGCAGCAUCCACUCCGUCUCCAAGACCGUCAAGAUGCUCUGCUCGCCGACCGACUACAAGGAGUCGUGCGAGAAGGCCCUCUCGAAGGCCGCCGCGAACUCCACCUCCUCGCCCAAGGACCUGAUCAAGGCGGCCGUCGCCGCGAUCGCCGACGAGGUCGACAAGUCCUUCGGCCGCGUCGCCGACAGCGUCAAGAGCGACGACCCCCGCGUGAGGGCCGCGGUCGACGACUGCAAGGAGCUGUUCGGGUACGCGAAAGCCGAGCUCCUGAGGACAAUGAAUGGCAUAGAUGCGCACCGGCUCGACGACCUCCCGAAGAAGGGGCACGAGCUGAGGAUAUGGCUGAGCUCGGUUAUCACGGACCAGGAGACGUGCGUCGAGGGGUUCCCGGAGGGAGAGCUGAAGAAGAAAAUGAAGGACGGGAUGGAGGCCGCGAAGCACCUGACGAGCAACGCAUUGGCGAUCAUCGGAAAGGCGCCGUCGUUCCUCUCCUCCCUUCACGUCCCAGGAGUCAGCGGCGGGCGCCGCCGCCUCCUCGAGGCCGAGGAGGGGAGGGAGCUCCGCGGCGACGGUUUUCCGGCUUGGCUCUCGAGCAAAGAGCGGCGAGCUCUCAAAGGGCAGGCUAAGAACAAUCUCACGCCUAAUCUCGUUGUGGCCAAAGACGGGACCGGUAACUUCACCACCAUCAACGACGCCAUUAACGCCGUGCCCAAGACCUAUGAUGGGAGGUUUGUGAUAUAUAUAAAAGAGGGCGUGUACGAGGAGCAAGUGAUCGUGCCGAAGCAGAUGGUGAACCUGACAUUGUUUGGAGAUGGCUCGAGGAAGACGAUUAUCACCGGAAGCAGGAACGUUGCCGAUGGCAACAACAUGACAACCUACAAAAGUGCAACUGUUGCUGUUCAUGGGGAUGGGUUCGUGGGCACGGGCAUAGGAUUCCGCAACACGGCAGGGGCGAUCAAGCACCAGGCGGUGGCGCUGCGCGUGCAGUCGGACCGGUCCGUUUUCCUGAACUGCCGGAUGGAGGGCUACCAGGACACGCUCUACGCGCACUCGAUGCGGCAGUUCUACCGCAACUGCAUCAUCUCCGGCACCGUCGACUUCAUCUUCGGCGACGCCGCCGCCGUCCUCCAGAACUGCAUCCUCGUCGUCCGCCGCCCGCUCGACAACCAGCAGAACAUCGUCACCGCGCAGGGCCGCUCCGACGGCCACCAGCCCACCGGCUUCGUCGUCCACCACUGCCGCAUCAUCCCCGACGGCCGCCUCGUCCCCGACAAGCUCGCCAUCCGCAGCUACCUCGGCCGCCCCUGGCGCGAGUACUCCCACACAAUCAUCAUGGAGUCGCAGAUCGGCGACUUCAUCAGCCGCGACGGAUACCUCCCCUGGGACGGCGACUUCGGCCUCAAGACGCUGUCCUACGCCGAGUACAACAACAAGGGCGCCGGCGCCGACACAGCCGCCCGGGUGCGCUGGCCCGGAUACAGAACCAUCACCAGCCGCGACGACGCCGCCAAGUACACGGUGGCCGCCUUCUUGAACGGCGAUCAGUGGAUUCGGAGCACCGGAACUCCGGUCCGGUUGGGUUUGUACCAGUAACUUACUGCAACUUAUUACCGGAGGAGUUACAUGCAUCUGAGGAAAAGAAAAGAAAGCGUAGAAUGUAUGUAACAAACGGCUAGCUAUAUAUAAAUUAAUCAUAGUCCCAAAGAUCUAAUUUUUUGAAGGAACUUCUAUAUAUAUAUAUAUGCUACUUAAACUGGAUGUAUCAGUGUUCAUAAGUACAUCUUAAAGCGCGUAAUUUGAGUUUGACACACUGACGUAAUAAAGAAUAAGGGCUUGAUCGAAGCCCUUAAUUUGUUUUUGUUUCA